AUGGCGAAUCCAUUUUCAUCAUAUCGUUAUAUACCAGCUGAAGGCAUUGUCAAGUCAAAUAUUCACUUAAAUAGAACUAAAGAAGAUUUGAAGUCUUUGUUAAAAAUUUUGGCUCCUCUCAAAUCCAUACUUGUAUCAAAUCCACCAAACGGUUCAACUCUAAAUCAAGAUAUCGUUGAUAAACUUGCUAAAAAACCUGAACUAUUAGAUUUAUUGAUUUAUUUUGGUUACAUUUGCGAUAGUAAUGAUAAAUAUAUUUAUUUCUCGCCAACAUCAGAUCGUGAAAAAAAUCAUCGUCUUAAUAACACAACAGAAUUUCAAGAAUUUUAUGAAUAUUUAAAAAAUGCUCAAACCGAGUCACUCAAUGAUUUAGAAGAAUUUUUACGUAAUUCCGAUAAACAUAAUGAAUCUGAUGAAGAAAGCAAACCUAACAAGCGAACCUCGUCCUCUACGUCGAGACCAGUAAUCAAUCCAAAUCGAGAUCGUGUUCAAGCGCACAAUAAAGAAACGUUAGAAACAGUUGAAUCGUUUAAGGCAAGUUUAGUGACAAAAUACAAUGCUGUUCCUACACAAACAUUUAUUCUUCGAAGAUUAGCACUUUUAGUAUUCAAAAACACCUAUCCGGAUUCGAUUACAGCUGGUGAUGACAAUUUAAAUACAGCCAUUGAAAAUAAAAUCCGUUUCUUAAAAGAAAAGGAUACACAAACGAGUGUCCCUCGUACCGAUGAAGUUUAUAUUAAUUGUUUAAUUCGGUCGCGUUUUCAUCAACAGCAAGCUCUUGAUAUAUUACAACAUGAUCGUCCGGAUUUCACAAAACCAGUUUCGAAUACAUUGGCGAAUAGUUCAAUAAACAAUUCGGUACUAUCUUUGAAGCACCAUUGGCGUUUAUUAAAAAAAUAUCAAAGCGAUACUAAUUCAGCUAAUAAAUGUUUACGCGAAGGCGAUAAAUGGAAGCAUGUUCAACAUAUUAUACCAGCGAUUCAACAACUUCGAGCGACGAACGAAAAUGCAAAUAUGAAUCAAACUACUUUAUCGAUGAUACAUCGUUUAUUGAUUAGCGAAAUAUCGGAUGUCAUGGGUCCACAAGCACCUGUCAAAAUCGAAAUGAUUUCGUCGGUUCUAUGCGAAUUAUCACUUGAUGCUAUCGGCAGUCUGAAUAUAGCUGCCGUUAAAAAUCUUGUAACUUUAAAUAAGGAAAUACAAUCGGACAGUUUUCGAAAAGAUGCAAUCAAUGCUUUGUCGACAACAUGCCCGAUAUGUUUGACUACUGUUCCACGCAAUCAAAUGGAAACAAUGUUUUUAUGUGAUCAUAUGUGCUGUUUGGAAUGUCUGAAAAUAUAUUAUCAAAAUACUAUAAGAGAAAUUGAAGAUCAUAAAUCAUUAAAUAGAUUAACAUGUUUCAGCGAAGCACAUGAACUAACAAAUGAUACAAAAAUGAAUUUUUUUACAUAUUUAGAAGCAAAAUUCAGGCAAUGGUUUUCUGAUGAUCCGGAAAUUCUUAAAAUUUACCAGGACAAAAUAUUUUAUGCGACACGUGAUAAACAAUUUAGAAAGUGCGGUAAUCCAAAAUGUGUCAGCUACUUUGAUAUUGAUAAAAAUAAUGAUAUUGGUUCUGUGCGCUGUCCUCAUUGCCGUUUUUCUCAAUGUCGACAAUGUAAUCGAAAAUGGUUUCCCGAUCAUUCGCAGAUGCAAUGCGAUGAAUAUGAUGAAUGGCUAACGGAUAAUGAUCCCGAUGAUCCCAGCGUACAAGCUUUGAACUUGAUACGUGAAACUGGCUUCCAAUGUCCCAAUUCAGCAUGCCAAAAUAUUUUUGACUUAGAACCGGGAGGUUGUGAACAUUUUAUUUGUAAAUAUUGUAAAACAGACUUUUGCCGAAUGUGUUCCUCGUUGUUUUAUUCACUAGAGAAAAAUAAAAAGUGUCCAAAAGUUGGCUGUAAUCCAAAGAUGGGAUUCCAUGCUCAUUGUCCUCCGAAUUGUUUUCGUGAAACUCGUAAUGCUCGAAUGAAUGUAAUUAUCAAACUACUCGAAGAUCAUCGCGUUAAUAUACUCAAUGAACUUCGGAAAAAAGAAAUAUCAAACGAUAAUACAUGCCCACUAGAAGGCUGUAUAAAUCCAGUAUCUGGCGUGGCGGAACGCCGACUAUGCGAAGAAUGUUAUAAACUAUUCUUAUGUUCACUUGUUUGGCAGCAUCAAAUAGAACCAUGGGUACUUUAUGAACAAAACCAUCUCGAACAAUUUCUGAAGAAAGCAUCCGUUCCUAUACCAGCUAAUGCUACAAGACAAGUUUUAAUAGAAUUAUGUCAACAAAACUUAAAUCAAUCAUUAGGUAAACCAAAAAGACUGACAAAACCAAGAUUUUAG